ACUGGGAGCCAGCAAGCCUUUUCUGCACAGCACUGAUCAAACAGAUAAUGAUGCCAGUUAAAGAAUCUGGGAAGAAGAAUGAGGAUAUUUCAGCAGUCUACGAGUUCAAGGAGAAGCUUGGGCAGGGGUCAUUUUCCGAGGUGCACUUGGCUCAGCACCGGCGCUCCAAAAGGCUUGUAGCAGUCAAGUGUAUCCACAAGACGGCACUGCGGGGCAGAGAGGCCAUGCUGGAGAACGAGAUUGCUGUGCUGCGCAAAAUUGACCAUGAGAAUAUCGUCUCUUUGGUUGACACCUUUGACACUCCAGCGAAGCUCUACUUGGUGAUGACACUGGCCACCGGAGGAGAGCUGCUGGAGCGGAUUGUGGAGAGGGGCAGCUACACGGAGAAAGAUGCCAGCCGUGUGAUCCGCCAGGUGCUGGGGGCCGUCAAAUACCUCCACCAGCUGGGCAUCGUGCACCGGGACCUGAAGCCUGAGAACCUGCUAUAUGAGACUCCAUUCGAAGAUUCGAAGAUUGUCAUCAGUGACUUUGGCUUGUCAAAGAUGGAGGAACAAGGGGUGUUCUCCACUACUUGUGGAACUCCUGCCUAUGCUGCACCAGAGCUUCUACAGCAGAAAACAUACGACAAAAAAGUGGACCUUUGGGCUCUGGGUGUGAUCUCCUACAUUCUGUUAUGCGGUUAUCCUCCAUUCUACGAUGAGAACGACACACAGCUCUACCGGCAGAUCAUAAAGGCUCAAUAUGAGUUUGAUCCACCUUAUUGGGAUGACAUCUCAGAAUCUGCCAAGGACUUCAUAUCACACCUACUGCAAAAAGAUCCAGAGAAAAGGUUUGACUGUGAACAGGCAUUGCAACACUCAUGGAUAUCAGGCGGAGGAGCGCUGGAGAAGAACAUCCAUGGCUCAGUCAGUGAACAGAUCCAGAAGAACUUUGCCAAGAAUCAAUGGAAGAGAGCGUUCAAUGCUACCGUGGUUGUGCGCCACCUCAUCAAGAAGGCACUGGCAGCGGAGGCAGAGGACGAGGCGGAGGCGAGCUCCACCUGAGGUGAAAGAACGCGUCCCAACUGAGCUACUGGCAAAGGAUGGAAUGACAACUUCAAGAGGCCCUGUGAUUCAUUGCAUGCAAGUUAAUUAUAUUGUCUAAAUGGACGUCGUGUCUUAAAUGUCAUUUCUGAAACGAUUACGCAAGCACUGUGGACAUUCAGUAUCCUGGACUUAUAGCUAGCUUUCGUAAAGUUGUCGAGUCGAAAAGUUUAGCAUAUAUGUGAAACUAGUAAAGUAAAUGUGCCGUUGUACUGGUGCCUUUCCAAAUGACAUCAUACAUGACAUCCAUUGACAUCAAUCAAACAAACACUGUGACCUUCUGUCAUCCCAACAAGACACACACUGGUGUUGAGAUUCCGCUUUUGUCAUCAGACCCGAUGAUCGGACUCCUGAUUCCUGAUCAAUAAUGAGUGCUCUAACAUCAAGUUGCAGCAGAAAUUAUGAUAGAUAUGUA